CCCGGCCCGGCCAGGCCUCCUCACCUGCCGGGAGCGGGGCUCCGGCGCCUGCCGAGGGCUCCUGCGGCUCCUCACUCCCGCAUAGAAGAAGUGGCCAAGCAAACCUGUUCCUUUGGAAUCCAGAUCCCAGAUGUUCCGUGUCCCCCCUUCCCUUUGCCUCCACAGCUUUGGGACUUAGAAGAGUGGUGGGAAGGACUCCAGGAGGCUCGUGCACAAAUCCACAGGAGGGAGGGCAGCCCAGGGUGCUGUGUCAUGUGCAUUCUCCCUCUUACCUGCUGCAGGUACCUCAGCCUUGAAGGGAUCCUUUUCAUUUGGACCCCCCCGUGUCUUCUGCUGAGUAAUUGAUCACCGUGCACCCGGGGACACCCAAUUCACAGCCGAGUGGGAUCAGCCCUCAUGAAUAAGCAAAGCGCCGUGGCCGUGCUGCUGCAGGAGUGCGAGCGGGCUCUGGACACGCUCCUGGCACCCCAGGCCGGCACGGGCGAGGGAGAGGAGCGGGAAUACCGGCAGUGCCAAGCUCUGCUUCCUGAGGAGCUGAGGAGCCUCCUGGAGGAGGCAAAGGAAAUGAAGUGGCCCUUUGUGCCGGAGAGGUGGCAGUACAAACAAGACCUCGGCCCAGAAGACAAAACAAACCUGCAAGAUAUGAUCAGCGCCAGGCUCCCUGACUUGCUGGCUUAUCUGAAGGCUUCCAUCCUUGCCGGGGACUGCGGCACGGCCACGGCCGUGGUGUUCCUGAUUGACCGCUUCCUCUACUGGAUCGACGCCUCCAGCAGGCUCCUGCGGAUCGCCAAGGGGCUGCACCGGCUGCAUCCCGCCGCUCCCAUCAGCCCGCAGGUGCUCAUCCGCCAGGCUCGCCUCGCCGUCAACGCAGGUAAACUUUUAAAAGCUGAGUAUAUCCUCAGCAGCCUGAUUAAUGACAACGGGGCAACGGGAACCUGGCGAUACGCCGAGGAGAGCGAUCGGAUUCUUGUUCAGGCAGUCUGCUUACAAAUCAGGGGGCAGAUUCUGCAAAAGCUUGGGAUGUGGUAUGAGGCAGCAGAGUUGAUCUGGGCUUCAAUCGUGGGAUACUUCAAACUUCCCCAGCCAGAUAAAAAGGGAAUUGCCACAUCCUUGGGUAUUAUGGCAGACAUCUUUGCUUCCAUGAAUGAGCAGGAUUAUGCACGCUUUAAAAGCAAUGCUGACAUUGACCUGAGCCUCCUGCAGGAGUUCAGCCACCGCUUGUUGUCGGCGGCUGAGGCCUGCAAGCUGGCAGCUGCCUACAGCCAGUACACCCCCCUGUUUGUCCUCACGGCCGUGAACAUCCGUGGGAUGUGCCUGCUGUCCUACAGCCACUCCAAGGACUGCCCCCCGGAAAAGAGAGAGUUCUACUUGUCUGAAGCCAAAGAAUCCUUUGAGAUCGGGCUGCUCACCAAGGAGGAGCAGAGUGCCAUCACCAGCAAGCAGGAGCUGCACAGUUUCAUCAAAGCCGCCUUCUGCCUCGCCACCGUGCACCGAUGGCUCUACGGAGAGAGCCGGGAGCUCCGUGAGGUGGCUCAGCUGUGCAGGGAAGCCCUGGGAAAACUGCACUCCUACAGCACCUUGUUUCCAGAGGAGGAGGAUAAAGGGAUGCUUGCCAAAGAGAUCAUGUCUGUGAUCGCGUCUGUGAAGAAGCGCCUGCGAGUGGGGAGCUUCCCGAAUUCAGAUUCCAGGUCUUAUGUCCCAGACAGUUAUAAAGGCUCGGUACAAAAACCUGUCCUGCAAGGGGAAACCAGCUUUGAGAAAAUCCUUGCCAAGCAUUCCCAGCAUCACCUGUCAGUGUGCCAAGUGUUUGAAAAAACUUGCAGGAUUCAUAAAAUCACGCCGGGAGAAAUCCAGGUGGGAGCUUGUAUCACGACCUUGAGAACAGAGACCAAAGCCACGGACACUGUGUGCACCACUGAAGACACAGUUCGCCAGAAGAGAGGUGCUGGGAAAAUCCUGAACUCACCAACAGCAGGAAGCACCUCAGAGGGACCCAGUGGCCAAAGAAAUCAAGACAUUUGCUCUGGUGUGAUGAAAAUUUCCUUUGAAGAGGAGGUUGAGCCAUUAGAAAUGAAAAUAAAUGGUAAAAAUGACGUUUUCGGCAGAGGGCAAAACGGGAGCCAAAGCACUACUUCUGAGAAGUCUUGGUGCAAGCUGCUUAAAUCCAGUUACUCUUCCAGCUGGGAGGAGCUAAGCUGCAAUAGCAGCAGAGAGUCUCUCAGGGACGGGCAGCAAGGGGAGAAGGACUCAGCGGGGGAGCGGUGCUGCACCACAGAAACUGAUGAAAACAAUCAGGACGCUCCCUUGUGCUCGUCACCUCCCGGAGCCCGGCAUCCUGCUCCUCCAGAAUCCCUCCAUGGCUGUGGGGGAUCUCCUGAGCAUUCCUCAGAGGGGCCCACGCCUCCAGCAGGGAGGAUGGUGGAGGAGCCCCUCUGCGGAGAAGAGCCGCGGGAGGGAGGACACCCUGGAAGGAGCUCUUCAGAAAAGAAAGCAAAGGGCUCGAACAAUGAGUUUCCUUCCCUCGCCGCCUCUUACUCUGUUCCUGCAGGCCAGGAGGAGGAGGAGGAGGAGAAGUCCCUUUCCUGUGCGGAGCUGAGCUGCAGGACCAAGGACAGCAGCGGGGAGGGAGGCAUUGCUCACUUGGAGUGGGUGCAGCCAGGAGAACCUGCAGAUAGCCCUGAGGAUCCCUGGCUUGAGGCACAGCCCCCCCAAAACAGGGGCAUCGGGUCGAAAACGGGCAGUGGCUCCUCUGUGAGUGAUUGGGUGAGGAAAUCUGCCAUGCUGGGGAACAGAUCUCUCCAAGUGCCUCAAGUUGACACCCAGGCAGAAACAAUAGAUGACACUGAAUUUGAGCUCAUCAGUGUGGGAGACUUAGUGAACAAUUAUCCCACAGCACUGCCUCCAAAGCAUGAGGCAACUCCUGGUGUGCCAACAGCUUUGCCCUCCCGGGGAAAGUUAUCCACAACAAAGCACUUUGACUGUGCCACUACAGAAGAAGACGAAGAGAAGUCUCAGGAUGUGGCCAGCAGCAAGAGACAAUCCAGUUCCUCUCUGAGCUCAUGGAUCAAGUCAGCACAGAUGCCCACGAGCUCCCCUGAAGGUUCAGUCCCUAGGGGAAGUGGUUUUGCCUUCACACCUGGGAGAACAAAGGAGACGAUCCUGGACGCUCGGUUUCUGAGGGAUGAUGAUUACAAGCAGCUUCUGGCAGGGGUGGAGCAUGAUUGGCUUGUCCAGAGACUGAUGCCUACUGGGAUUUUUAGGGCCAAAGAGCUUCACAAAGCAUACUCUGCUCUUCUUCUGAAAUACUCCAAGAAAUCAGGGCUGUGGACGGGCCAGGAGACAGCCGUGUUCAUCGGGGACUACCUGAACGUGGCCAAGGAAGGCAAGCAGAGAAGUGCCUUUUGGAUACACUUCCUGCACCAAGAGGAAAGCCUGGGAAGGUAUGUUGGGAAGGAAUAUAAAGAAGAAAAAGGACUCCUCCAUCAUUUCAGUGACGUGGAGCGCCAAAUGACCGCCCAGUACUACGUGACAGAGUUCAACAAGAGGCUGUAUGAGCAGAAGGUCCCUACCCAAAUCUUUUAUAUCCCCUCUGCAGUGCUCCUGAUCCUGGAAGACAGAACUAUAAAGGGGUGUGUGAGUGUGGAGCCCUACAUCCUCGGGGAGUUUGUGAAGCUCUCCAACAACACCAAGGUAGUGAAGAAUGAGUACAAAGCCACGGAGUACGGUCUGGCUUAUGGCCACUUCUCCUACGAGUUCUCCAAGGGAACUGACGUCGUUGUCGACCUCCAGGGUUGGGUGACAGGUAACGGGAAAGGCCUCAUCUACCUCACAGACCCCCAGAUUCAUUCCCUCAAUAGCAAAGACGUCUCACGCUCCAACUUUGGGAAGAAAGGAAUUCACUACUUUUUUAAGGAUCAACACGUGGAGUGCAAUGAGAUCUGCAGCUGCCUGUCUCUGACGAGGCCCUCGCUGGAGCUGCUGGCCUAGACUGGCACAGGAUUGGGCACAAUUUCAGAUGGAUCGGGAGCUCUGUCUUCAUCCGGGGCUUGGAUACCGGAAAUCAUGGAUUUACCAGCUCAUCGCCUGAAGAACUGGGACGCACACGUGGCCCCAAACACAGAGAGUUUAAAUUAUUGGUUCAUAUUUGUGGUACGAAUAGGGGAUUAUUGAGGGAAUAAACAGGUGUCUCUGAGGGUGGUGAAUUUAAUAUUUUGGCUGUAAAUUUCAUCUUAGAGCUACUGACAAAAAAAAAAAAAAAAAAUUGCCUUUAUUUCCUCUGGUUUCAGAAUAAAGUAACUUGAAC